GUUGUAAACAAUGUUUAAACCGUUUAUUUAAUUGUUUACAAUUAAUGCGUAACACUAGGUUUUGGGAAGCCUACCAGUAGCGCCCUCUAAGCAAAACUAUCUGAAGUAUUUUCGAGCGUUGUUUACACCAACUCUCUAACCUCUAAAAGUUGUGCAGGUCGUUCGCAAUUGUUUAAUAAAAUAAGUGAUCUUUUAUAAGUUUUAUAACUAUUUAAUCAAUUAGUAUAGUGUUUUAAAGUUGGACAGUGUAGUUUAUAAGCGGACGUAUUGAUUUAUGUGAUAACUAUCUCAAUAAGAAUUUUUAAUACAUUUUAUUUACAAUCUAAAUAUCUACAAUGAAUUACGAUUAUCCAAUUAUCAUUAAAAAGAAACCCACACAGCCAAAGAAAAAAGGCAACAGAGACAAGAAAAGUUGCUAUUUGUGUUACCACCAGUGAACAAAGAAGAAUUUUAUAUUGGUAGUUUUAUUUUGGGUAAAAUUUCGGAUAACUACCCACGUUUGGAUGGUUUUGAUGAACUCAAAACAAAUUCUCAUGUACAUAUUAAAAGAGACAAUGAAUUGGACAUUUUAGUUGUGUUAAGAGAUGAAGAAAUUCUCUGGGGCAUUGAAAUACAAGUGGAUUCUCCAUUUAUUAAAGCUUUAUUGCAAAGUAAAAAGUUUUACUUGAAUCUUGAAAAGUCAAAUGAAGAUGUCCUGCUAAAGGUUUAUUUCCGGCAACUUCCGUUCCAAAAUGAAGCUUUAAAGACACGACGGAUUGUUACACAACUUUUCAACAUGAUAUACAACAUAGGAUGUGAACCAUUAAAUAAAUCAAAGAAAAAAAUUGAUACAAUCGACACAGUCGAAAAAGUAUUCCAUAAAAUUCGUGAUUAUCAAUUAGAUUUAAUCAAAAAAGAAGAAAAUCCAUCUGAAUUCAUACAAUCUCAAUGGUUGCGACCAACUUUACGUCCAUAUCAAAAAGACGCAGUGAAAUGGAUGCUUAAAAAGAAAGCAGCGAGUAGCAUGACGGAUGAGUCCCGACUACAAAUGCAUCCUAGUUAUGUACAAAUAAAACUGCCAUUUCUAACAGUUUAUUUCGAUCAGUAUCAAGGCAAUGUCUGCCUUGAGAAACCUUUAAUUGAAGCAUCACAAAACGGAGCAAUACUCGCCGAUGAAAUGGGUUUGGGUAAAACCAUUGAAGUACUCGGCAUAAUCCUUGCUGAUUUUGACAGUUUAAACGAAAAUAACGAAGAAAAUGUUGAGAAAAAAGUCUGUGUUCAUCGACAACGCAAACGCCCAGCGUAUACAAUCGCAGUGAUGAGGGAAGAUGGCCGAGAAGCUUCCGUUGAUGAACAAGCAACUACUCUACGUGAACGAAUGAAAAUCAUCUAUGAGAAAACCCUAACUUCCGUAUGGGACCAAAGAGAAAAACAACAAUACGACGUUGCUUGUAUCUGCGGAUCAUUCGAAGAAAGAAAUCUCAAAACCUGUGUUGAUUGUAAUAAAAAACAGCACUACAACUGCGUGGGUUAUGAUAAAACCUGCGGGCCCUUUCGUUGCUCACAAUGCUGGUCAAAACACCCACCGAUUAUCUCCAAAGGUACGUUAAUCGUCUGUCCGAUGAGUUUGUGCCAACAAUGGCUCAAUGAAAUCGCCAAACAUGUCGGACGUAAUCUAAAUGUACUCUGUUAUGAUGGAUCUAAUAUCCUCACACCGGUUUAUCCAACAAAACUUGCCAGUUAUGAUGUCGUUGUGACCACAUACACUGUCCUGCAAAAUGAGUUUUAUUUCGUUGAUCAAUGCGCUGGUAAAUCUCUACGGAAUCAGAGGAAAUAUUCAUCACCAGGCUCAGCGAUUACAUUUGUCCAAUGGAAAAGACUUUGUUUAGACGAGGCGCAAACUGUAGAGAAUGCCGGAAGUAUGGUUGCUAAUAUGGCGCAGAAAUUACGCGCGGAUUUCCGCUGGGCUAUCACUGGUACACCUGUGAGUAUAUCAAUCGCAGAUCUUUAUGGUCUGGUUGAAUAUUUGCAUCUUGCACCGUUUGAUGACUACGAGAUUUUUACGAAUACUCUGUAUAAUACAUAUCUGAAUGGAGAUGAGACGUUUUUAGUAGAAUUUUCUAAAGUCUUAUGGAGGACAAGAAAGUGUUUGGUUUUGGAUCAGAUUGAUAUUCCGCCACAGACUGUGCGGUAUCAUCAUGUGGAUUUCACACAAGUCGAGCGGUAUUUCUACGAUUGUGAAACAAAAGAAUGCCGGAAGUUAUUCCUGGAAAAAGCAGCGAAAUUGGAUGAAUUCAUGCAGUUAAUGAGUAUGUCCGCUGGUGAGCUUAAAGGUUUAUUACAACCUGUAUCAGCACUGCGUAGAGUGUGCGUUCAUCACAAUGUUGUCAAUGGUAGAUAUUUACUCACCAAAAAACCUGUGAAUUCCAUGCAGGAAUUACUUGAUGCGCUCAUUGCGCGUAAUGUGAACGACUGCGAAGAUCAUUUACGCAUGAUUAUUGCUUCGUAUAAUGGCCUGGCGGGAUUAUAUCUCUUGUUGAAUAAUCCACUAACUGCUGCUGAGUUUUAUGUUAAAGUAAUGCAGCUGGAAGAGAAGUAUAAAGAUCUUUCGAUUGAUAAACUGCCAAUGAUUCACACAAUAUAUAAUUUAAAGCUUUUGGUUGAAGCUGAUGAGAAUCUGUCGGUGAAUUUGAGUAAUUCUUUAGGGCAAGAUGUGAAACUUUCCGGGGUUGAGUUGAAAGCGAAACAAGAAUAUGUAGAGCAUGAAUACAUUCAGAAAUACGAACAUCAAACCAAACAGGUGAUACAAGUCCUGAAUGAAGUCAGUGAGAAUAUCGGUGACUUACAAGAGAAGAUGACCAAUGAUGAUGCUUGGUAUGCUGAUCUUGUAGCGGGGAUUUUUGCGGCUGAUUUGAAGAAUAUGCUGAUGCAACGUGUGAAGCGACUUUUGGAGAAUUUAAAAAACACUAAAUUUCGUCCAAGUCAAUCGUUUAUCAUUGAAUAUCUUAUGACUUGGUUAACAUCAAUUGGAACUCUGCGUGAGGCAGCAAUGACUGGUGUUAAUGAUCUGUAUGAAAUAACUCCUUCCGGUGAACGUAUAACAUUCACGCCUGAAAUUAUACGUGAGACUGUCGAUUGUCAUCUGCGACCUGAUAAAAAACGCAAAGCAGCAGACACAGAACUAUGCCGUUUUUGUGUUGUGAAUAAACUUCUCCAACAGUAUGAAGAGGUGUUGUUUCAAAAGGAUUUAGCUGCCAGUGGUAAGCAGAAGAAUUGGCAGCCUUCCGAGCAGGAGUUGAUUAUUACCGGUCUGGUGAGAUUGGCGAAUACAAAGCUUAAACAUCUAAGUGAUGCGUUGCAAGAUGGUGAAACAUUUCUGAAGAUGAUUGAGUUACAAAAGAAGGAGUUUAGAGAGCUGCGCAAGGCGUGGACGUACCUCGAAGCGCAACUUUGUGCGAAUGAUGAGUUGGUGAUUUGUAAAACAAGGUUGCAGUUGAAGGACGAGCAGGAGGAAGGAGCAAAUGGACCUAAGAAGCAUAGGGUUUUACGGCAACUCUCAAAUGAGAUAGCUAAUAAUUUAGAACAUAUUAAUGAGUUAUCCGAACACGAGAUUGAUGUUUAUCGUUUUAAUUUGGAGCAAGAGCAUAAGGGACACACAGCAAAGUUAGAAAAAUGUUUAGGGACGAAUAAGUACCUCGUCUCUUUGCAUAAUCGCGACGAACAAAACUUGGACCCUUGCCCGAUUUGUAGAUAUCCACUGGAGAAGUCGUGGAACAUGAUGCAGUGUGGCCAUGCCUUCUGUCUGGUUUGUAUGGAGACCAUUGUGGGCAGGAAUAUGGUUCGUGCGGAUCAGAAAAUUACUUGUGCGGUCUGCAGACAAGUUCAGCCUUUAUCUGAGAUAAGCUGUGUGGAUCAGUCGCUUUUUAAACCGCAGACAGUUGUGGAGACUGAUGAUAUUGUUGUCAAUGGAAACUGUUCAAGUAAAGUUGGCAGGAUUGUAAGACUCAUCAAGGAAUUGAUGCAAGAGGAAGAGGGUGUUAAGGUGCUGGUAUUUUCGUCGUUUCAACCUGUGUUGAAGAUACUUAAGGAUAUCUUUGAGCAGAACGAUAUUAAGUCAGUGGUGCUUAUGAGUGGUAAGCAGGUUGUGAAAACUGUUGAGGAUUUUAAAGAUGUGGAGAAAGGCGUUACUGCGAUGAUACUGCCUGUGAAUUUGGGGGCUAAAGGGUUGAAUUUAAUUGAAGCUACGCAUGUGAUUUUCGCGGAGCCGAUUCUGGAUCCUGCCGAGGAGCUGCAGGCGAUUGGAAGGGUGCAUCGUAUUGGUCAGAAAAGGAAAACUGUGGUUCAUAAGUUUAUUAUGAGGGAUAGUAUCGAGGCGAGCAUCCAAAGGGUUACAUCAUCCAAGGAUAAGUCGAAAUGGACUAGAGCAGAAAUCACCGUUCGGCAACUCAAGGAUUUGCUGUUUGGUUCGUGGGAAACAGAUGAAGAUUUAUGUGUAAAUGCGGCGGAUGAAGUACAAGAAGACGGAUUGGAGAAUGAGGAUGUGGUUGCAGGGGUUGUUGAGUAGGGUUUUUAAUUUGCACCUUUACUAUAAGAUCAUUUAUCCCAUUUGGUAAUAACUCACGAACUGUAAGGGUUAUUUGGGAUUUUUUUAAGUACUUACAUUGCCGUGGAGCACCCUAGAUUCACCCCGUACUGCGUCUAGAAAUACCCUAAAAUGGCCGCUGAAAAUAUCACAAAUGAUUUUUUGAAAACACGCGGUGGAAAAUGGGCUAUAACUCACGAACCAUAAGGGUGAUUUUUUGAUUCUCUGUACGAGUAUAGCUAAAGAGUUGCUCUAUCCUUUGCGCCUUAGAUUCACCCCGUAGUGCGCAUAGAAGUUCCUCAAAAUGGCCGCUGAAAACACUCUUGUUUGUGAUUUUGUGAAAUCACGCGGGGGAAAAUUGGUCAUAACUCUUGAACCAUAAGGGUGAUUUUUAGUUUCUUUGUAUGAAUUUAUAGCUAAAGAGUUGCUCUUUCAUUUGCGCCCUUGAUUCACCCUGUAGUGCGCUUAGAAGUGCCCCAAAAUGGCCGCUGAAAACACUCUUGUUUUUGAUUUUUUAAAAACACGCGGUGGAAAAUGGGCUAUAUCUUGCGAACCAUAUGGGUAAUUUGUAGUUUCUUUGCAUAAGUUUAUAGCUAAAGAGUUGCUCUUUCAUCUGCGCCCUAGAUUCACCCUGUAGUGCGCUUAGAAGUGCCCCAAAAUGGCUGCUGAAAACACUCUUGUUUGUGAUUUUGUGAAAACACGCGAUGGAAAAUUGGUCAUAACUCUUGAACCAUAAGGGUGAUUUUUAGUUUCUUUGCAUGAGUUUAUAGCUAGAGAGUUGCUCUUUCAUCAGCGCGUUAGAUUCACCCUGUAGUGCGGCUAGAAGUGCCCUAAAAAUGGCAAUUGAAAAUAGCUCUAUUUGUGAUUUUGUAGGAACACGCGGUGGAAAAUUGGUUGUAACUCGCGAACCAUAUGGAUGAUUUUCACUUUUUUAUAUAUUUAGUUUGUAAAAGAGUUGAUAUAUAUUGUAUAAACUUUCUGUAACCAUAAUUUGUGUUUGUAAUAAAUAAUAUUUUUGAUUA